AUGUGGCCCUUCAGCACGACAUACCCGAUCAAGAGACUAGAUGAGGUCCGCCAGACCACCUACGACUACAUUGUCGUAGGAGGCGGCACUGCUGGAUCGGCCUUGGCGUCUCGGCUGAGCGAAGACCCCUGCGUCACCGUCCUCCUCCUCGAGAGGGGGGCCUUUCAAGACAGUCUCCAAUCGCGAGUGCCCGCGGCCUCCGUUGCCAAUGGUAGCUACGUGACUGGGGACAGAAAGGUGGAUGUCCUCACCGCUGAGACGCUUGGGGGUAAUUCCCGCGUGAAUGCCAUGAUAUAUACCCGCGGCGCGCCGGCAUACUACAGGCGUUGGGGCAAGACUCACCCGGCUUGGGAUUGGGAGGCCGUGGAGCCGUACUUUUCAAAGGCUGAAGAGACCAUCUCUUUGCGGCAGACACAGAACCUCCAGUCUGGUAUUUACCCGCAUCUCGAAAGGGCGGCCGAGGCAUUGGGCUUGCCGGUCGAGCCUCGGGGGAACCGGCCAGGUGCACCUUCGUCUGGGUAUUUCAAUCUCGACCUCACCAUCGACAGCAGCGGGUACAGGCACUCGGCCUUCCGUGCCUAUCUGCCACAGGAGCUUGUGUACCGCCGCAGGGAUUCUCUUCACAUAUGCACAGAUGUGAUCGUGGAACGCUUGGACCUUGACCCUGCACAGGGUGAAGUCCGCGGCGUUUUUGUUCAGAGCGCGGCAAAACGUGUUGCAGAGACCAGUCACCUCAUCAGGGCCCGGCGCGAGGUCAUACUUGCGGCCGGCGCCAUCUGCGACCCCCAGAUCCUGCAGCUUAGUGGUAUUGGGCCUCGGGGCCUGCUCGAGGAUCUUGGUAUACCAGUGGCCAGAGAUCUUCCAGGCGUUGGCGGGCACCUGGGGGAUCACUCCUUGUUUCCCGUCUUCGUCGAGGCAGCACUCCAUGAUACCCUGCAGCAACUCCUGUCCAGCCCAUUUCAGGCAGUCAAGCAUGCUGUGCUCUUUGCCACUGCGGGUGAGGGCUGGCUGAAGUCGACGGUGGAUCGCGCAAUCUACGGUGCGACAACACACAUUGAUGAGGAGACUGGUAAACUACGGACCGACGAGACUACGUUGGAUCCUCAAAAACCAGAGAACAUGCCAGAUUUCGAGAUCAUGGUCGUGCCAAUCGGCACCAAGCCUGACGAGUACCCGGGGAAAGCAUUGUUCACGCUUCAGGUGUGCCUGAACCAACCCAGGUCGGAGGGAUUUGUCAGGGUCAGGUCCCGAGAUUUCCGAGAGGACCCCAGCAUACAGCUCAAUAUGCUGGACGACCCCCGAGACUUGGAGGUGGCACGCAAGGCUCUGCGGUUCACACUACACCUGGCCGAGCAGUUUUGCUUCAAGUCUGAAUAUCCCCAUCAGGCACGGCCGUUUGGAGGCCCAGGGUCUCCCGGAUGGAGUGAGGGCGACUGGCGCUCAGUCUCUGAUGAUGACAUGGAUGAGUACAUCCGAAAGUACAUCACGCCUGUGUUCCAUCUCACCAGUACCUGUCGCAUGGCCGACGUCGAGAAGGGGGGAGUGGUGGACGAGCAACUAAGGGUGCACGGGUUCAAGAACUUGAGAAUAACGGAUGCGAGCAUCUUUCCUUUUAUCACAUCGUCACACCCGAUGGCGCCAACCUAUAUGGUGGCGGAAAGAUGCGCGGCUCUCAUUCACGAGAAGUGGAGUUAA